GGUGGGGAACACAGGGAACGCAUGGAACGCAAUCAAGUUACAGAAGAGGGGAACGAGGAAACGGAUGGAGGCGAGGGGCGCAGAUUCCCUCUGGGGGGUGGGCAUACGGAGGGAGCUUUUUCGUGCGAGUAUCGAAGGACAUCAUUGCCCUCGUUGUAGCAGCGUCCGUGUGUUAUCUGGCCCAUCGCCUCCUGCGUUUCCUCACACCCCACCCCCGUUGCUGCCCGUGUUUGUUCUAUCUAUCUCAUUCCUGUCAGCCAUGGCGGGCUAUGGCGGGCUCGACGAUUUGGAGCUUAUCCUGGACCGCAACCUCCAUCGCGCUCUGGCUGCAUCCCGAACGAAUGCACCGGCUCCUCCCUGGACGAAUUCCGGUGCUGCCGCUACUGGCGCCGAAGUCGAAGAUGACGAAGAGGAAGCUGUCGCCAGCAAGGAGGAGGUUGCAGAUGCAGCGUCUUUUGGGAAUCCACUCCCUUCAGCUGCUUCCCUGUCCCUUGCUCUCAACUCCGUACUUACUUCCAGCCUAAUUUUAUCUAAGAACAAUGUGGUACCACAAGCGUCACAGCGUGGUGGAGUUGGUCCAGCCAUAUCAGGAGCAGUUCCUUCACAAAAGAAAAGCCAUAGCCCCGUGCCUGUGAUGGCAUCUUCUAAGGUUCAGGUGGCUCUUGACAUUCCUGUAGCAACUCCAAUCACCGUUUCAAAGAAGUCAGCAAAUUAUGUCUCAGCCUUUCCAGAGUAUGAAAAACUUCGUGGCCCUGACUUCAAGGAUCCUGCGAACGGCUGUGGUUUACGCAGAGCUUCAAUCGUCUGGUUCAGAAAUGAUCUGCGUGUGCAUGAUAAUGAGGCCCUGGUCUCAGCUAAUAGGGAUUCCCUCUCUAUCCUACCAGUGUACUGCUUUGAUCCAAAAGACUAUGGAAAGUCAUCUUCAGGGUUUGAUAAGACCGGUCCCUAUCGGGCGAAUUUCCUCUUGGAAUGUGUUGCGAACCUGCGAUCAAGUUUGAGGGAAAGAGGCUCAGAUUUAAUUGUUAGGGUUGGUAGUCCAGAAGCAGUUCUAGUGGAUCUGGCCAAAAGCGUGGGAGCUGAGGCUCUUUAUGUUCAUCAAGAAGUCACUUAUGAAGAGCUUCAGGCAGAAGAGAAAGUGGCCGCGGCUUUGCAAGAGAAAGGGAUCGAGACGAAGUACUUUUGGGGUAGCACCUUAUUUCAUCUUGAGGACCUACCAUUCAAGCUUCAGGACAUGCCCUCCAAUUACGGUGGAUUCAGGGAGAAGGUGCAGAACGUAGCUAUCAGGGAUACAAUUGAAGCACCGCAGCAGCUGAAGGGCUUGCCAGCAUGUGGAAAUGUCAAGCCUGGAUCCAUUCCUUCUAUUGAAGUACUUGGCUUGAAUCCUGCUACGAACUUACGAAAGCAGGGAAGUGUAACAGUGGGUGGAGAUGGACUAUUGGGAGGUGAAGAGGAGGCUCUUCAGAGGCUGCAGAAGUUUGCUUUAGAGGCGCGGAGUCAAACAAGCAACUUAAAAGCUAGCAAGAGUCAGUCGGAAUCCAGUGGUGAUAGUUUGUAUGGUGCUAACUUCUCCUGCAAAAUAUCCCCCUGGCUGACCAUGGGUUGUCUCUCGCCACGCAGAAUGUUCGAGGAUCUGAAAAAGAGUGCCUCAAGUGCUAGUGCUGGAGCAAUGUCGGCCUUAGCUGUGAAGGCUUCAGGAGCUGGAAGUGACGAUAAUGGACUUAACUGGCUUGUCUUCGAGUUGUUGUGGCGGGAUUUUUUCAGGUUUAUUACCAAGAAAUAUGGUACUGGAAAAAGACUGUCAGAGGCUACUCCUGCCACAGCUAGCACUGCAUCUCUUGUUGCGGCCUAAUCAACUCAUAGAAGGGAACAUGGUGUACAUGGAAAAAAUUGACCAUGUCAAAAUAUGGUGUAGGUGAAGUUCAUUUCUAGCCCCUGGAGUCUAAUUCUGACUCGGACAACUGGAUUUAGAUGCAAGCUGAUCUUGCAAAAUCCUAUGAGCUUUCGAAUAAGCUGGUUGUGCACAGACUUCUUCAGAAUGGUGAAUACUGGGAUAAGAAAAUUUUGAAGUGUACAAUAUAUGCAUUUACAAUUUGCAACAUUCAAUUGUUUGGUUUCGUGAA